AUGACUCCUUCACUUUUCCUCGUCCCUCUUCUGCUCCACAUUCUCCUAUCCACGCCGUCUCCGGCUGAAGCCGACAACGGCCAGUGGCAGCUCCUACAAGAAAACAUUGGCGUUGUGGGCAUGCACAUGCAGCUUCUCCACAAUGACCGCGUCGUCGUUUUGGACCGAACCGACUUCGGCUUCUCAAACUUAACGUUACCCAAAGGAAGAUGCCGCAACAACCCAAAAGAAAUGGUCGUGCAAACAGACUGCACCGCUCACUCCCUCGAAUACGACGUCGUAUCCAACACAUUGCGCCCUCUCUUCGUGCAAACCAACGUGUGGUGUUCCUCCGGCUCAGUGUCCCCCGACGGAACCUUGGUCCAGACCGGCGGCUUCAACGACGGCGACCGCGCCGUCAGGACAUUCAACCCGUGCGGCACGUGCGACUGGGAGGAGGUUAACAAUGGACUCGCCGCGCGUAGAUGGUACGCGACCAAUCAUGUUUUGCCAGAUGGAAGACAAAUCGUGAUCGGCGGAAGGAGGCAAUUCAACUACGAGUUUUAUCCCAAGACAGAAGCCAAUGCUAAGAACACUUACAGUUUACCGUUUCUUGUACAAACCAACGACCGUGACGCAGAAAACAACCUUUACCCGUUUGUUUUCUUGAACGUGGAUGGUAACCUCUUCAUCUUUGCCAACGACCGCGCUAUCUUACUCGAUUACAAUAAAAACAGAGUGGUGAAAACGUACCCUCGAAUACCCGGUGGAGACCCAAGGUGUUAUCCUAGCACAGGUUCCGCGGUUUUGCUUCCUCUCAAGAAUUUGCAAGCGAAGAAUGUUGAGGCUGAGGUGUUGAUUUGCGGUGGAGCCCCCAGAGGGGCUUUUCCGCAAACCCUCUCCGGUCGGUUUGUCGGAGCAUUGAAAACGUGCGCUCGAAUUAAAAUCACCGACCCUAACCCGGAUUGGGUAAUGGAAACCAUGCCUGGUGCCAGAGUCAUGAGUGACAUGGUUAUGCUUCCCAAUGGCAACGUUUUGAUUAUCAAUGGAGCCGCUGUAGGGACUGCGGGUUGGGAAUUGGGCCGAAACCCGGUUUUGAACCCGUUUCUUUAUAAACCCGAUAGCCCACUCGGGUCGCGGUUCGAGUUGCAAAACCCGUCGAGCAUUCCCCGAAUGUACCAUUCCAGUGCCGUUUUGCUUCGCGAUGGUCGAGUUCUCGUUGCUGGGAGCAACCCUCACAUAUUUUACAAUUUCAGCAACGUUAUGUUCCCAACGGAAUUGAGGUUGGAAGCGUUUUCUCCGUCGUAUCUUGAGGCUGGAUUCUCUGACGUGCGUCCCAGAAUCGUGGCUCCAGAAUCCCCAACCAAACUCAAGUACGCUCAGGCGUUGAAGAUUCGGUUCGAGGUGACGGCGACUUUGGCUCGUGAUUCUGUGACGGCGACGAUGCUGGCGCCGCCGUUUACGACGCACUCGUUCUCGAUGAAUCAGAGGGUGUUGGUGCUGGAGCCGAAGAAUUUGAAUGAUGUUGGGGAAUCAACUCAUGAAGUUGAAGUUACUGCGCCAAGUUCGGCUAUUCUUGCACCACCCGGUUUCUAUUUACUGUUUGUGGUUCAUCAAGAGAUUCCAAGCCAAGGUGUUUGGGUCCAAAUACUGUGA